UGGCAAGCACCACAGUAAAUACUUCAUUUAUUCACAGUUGCGUGUGCUCGUUUAAUUAAAGCUAGUAGAGAGUGGGUGCUGCAGACACGUAUAUGCGUAAGAACUACUACUACACGUCCUAUCCAGGUGUGCCUUCACCAGUGUCCACAUAACGGCAUUGUCACAAUAUCCCAUACAUUAGAGCUCGGGUUUUUGAUCAGCACUAUGAAUUCCUCGGCUGCCAGACCCGUCCUGAGUGUUCGCGCGAGGAUUUUCCAGCGAACCUCAACGGCCACACAGAUUCAGACACGAGUGCGCGCAUGCCAUUACUCCGACACGCCCAACAAGGGAGGAGGAGGUUCUCGAUUGGAGGAGUUGAAGCGGAGAUUAGAGGCGCAGCGAAAUGCAGCACAGAAUUCGCGACCUGCGGGAAGGUCAAACAAACCUGCUACAUCAGGGCCUCGACCACCACCACGUGCCUCCCCUGCACCCCCCACAGCCGGUGAACAAAGGAAAGCCGCACCUUUCUUCAGAAGUUCAGAACCACAAUCGGGCCAACCUCCCCCUCCGAAAUCAUACUUCCAGAGUCAGAAACCGGCAUUUGGCUCGGCUAAUGGGAACGCUUCUCAAAAUAGCGCCCAGGGGAAUCGACCGGAUGGUAUGUUUGGCAGCGCCAAUCAGAAUGCGUCCAACAAGAGCAGCCAAUCAAAUCGACCCAGUGGUGGUGCUUUCGGCAAUAUAGCCAAUCAAAAACCAGCUUUCGGCUCGGCCAAACAGAACGCGUCUAUCAAUAGCAGCCAAUCAAAUCGACCAACACCAAACCAGAGACCCAACGCAUUCACAAAUCAAAACGCCAGGGUGCAAGCAACUACCCCAGAGUCCACCACUCCCUUCAACCAAAAGCCUUUGUUCGGGCGCCUAAACACAGCCCCCAACAGCCAAUCUGGUGGCUCGGAUGUGUCGUCGCUCUUCCUCAAUCGCAACAGCGCCGCAACCCCGGCGAGUCAAUUGCGGUACACCCCCAACGCCAAUAGAGGGACCGGUGUCUUUGGCGGCAAAGACAGGCUCGCACAGCCCGCCGCUGUAGCUCCUGAGGAAGAGGCGGCCCAGCACAAAGGAGGGCACAACCACGAUGCCCCUGGCGGAGUUGUUCCGGCCUCUAACGAACCCAUUGAGAUUGGCAAUGUGCCCCUGACGACACCUCUAGCGUUCAAGUACCACAGUGCGGGACAAAUAGGUCAGUUCUACGAGUGGAGCAGCGAGGAUGAUGAGAAGCGAGGCAAGAAGGCGAAGGAAGAUGUGGUCUGGCCAAAGGGCAUGAAGGAUCAGUUCAAGCUGUUCGGUAAGAACUCUCUCAUGAUCCGCCAACCGGCCUUGGAGGUCUUGGCGCACAUCCGCAAUCACGAGCGAACGGAGAACCGAGAUAAGAAAUUCGGCGUGCUGGUCAACGGUAUGCGAGGCACAGGCAAGAGCGCAACCAUCGCGCACGUGGCGCAAACCCUGGCAGAUAAGGGCCACGUGGUGCUGCACAUUCCGAAGGCGACGUUCUGGAUGUACGAGGCGGACCGUGUAGUGAAGUCGGCGGUGCACCCGUGGUUUGACCAGCCGUUCGAUGCGACUGAUCUGAUCGACUACUUCCUGAAGAUCAACGACCAUGCGAUGCUGAAGGACAUCAAGCUGAAGCACAAGUACGAGAUUGAGGGUGCAGCGGCCGGCCCUGGUACCCCUAGGGAUUCCAUUUUGGACUUGGCGCGCAUGGGAGCUGGGCCUUUGGAUCUGGAAAUCCUCGAGGACUACCCCCCUGCAAGAGAGGUACUGCCCGCGCUGAUGGAGGAGUUACGCUUAAUGACAGACAAGCCCGUGCUUGUGGCCGUGGACGAUUUCAAUGCGUUCUACAAUGUGUCAGAGUUAAGAGACAACCGUAAUCGCCGGUUGCAUGGACUUCACAUGGCAAUCACACAGCUAGUAAUCCGGCUACUCGAUGACAAGUACAAGCUGGCUCGGGGAACGCUGCUGAUGGGUCUGACGAAUACCGGGAUCAAAACCAACACAAAGUUCUCGACUGAGAUCAAGGGGAUGAUCAAGGAAGCAGCUGCCAUCGAUCCUUUUAACUCCAAUACCAUUAAGGAAUUGCCCGAGCUUGUCAAGGUGCAGACCCGUGCCUUCACAGAGAAAGAGGUUGAACGCUUCCUGCUGUACCACCACUCGUGCAACAAGAGGCCAGAUACAAAGGAUCUUCGCGAGACAACCAUUGCGGAGGUGCGGAUGAUGUCCAGUUGUAUCCCUGAGCAAGUGUCGAAAUUGAGUGUGUACAUGUAGGUACACCCUCUUUGGGACUCUCUUGAGCCCUCACUUGGUGCUGCAGGCUUCCUCAUACAAUUGUUCUUGUGAUGCAUAGUACUGAGGUAGAGUCGGCAAUUGUAAGACCAAUUCUCUGACUUCAUUCGAUUUAAAUAAAACUAAUGGACGAUGCUUGUAAAUA